AUGACCAGAAAGGCAGAUAAUGGAGUGAUGAGAUCACAAGCCAAGGAACGCUGGCAGCCAUCAGAAGCUAGAAGAGUCCCGCGGGCCAUAAACGGAGCCCCAGCUGUCGGAGUUCUUCCCUCUCCCACAGCUGCGGCAGCUCUGGGAUGCUGCGAGCUCAGAGCACUGAGCCAGGUCUGCGUCUUGCGCCUGCGCGGCUCCGUCUCCUCACCUCUCCUCUCCCUCCUCACCUGCUCGUGCGACUCGCCCACCUUUAGAGGAUUUCCCGACCGGUUGAGUCCCGACUGGCUUUCGCCUGAGGGUCGUUACCAGCCGCGUCGCCUCUCGAGAUCCGUGUUGGCGGAUUAUACCAACCGAUUGCUCACUGGGAGUAAUCAUGUUCAGCCCCAAUUCCAAGAUAACCACCCAGAUGUUAAAACAAGGGUUUCUCCCAGGUCAGGGAUUAGGAAAACAAGGACAAGGAAUUCAAAAACCCCUGUCUACUGCCCAGCGCCCACCUCAAUUAGGCUUAGGACAUUUUCACUAGUGGCCUCUGACCAACCUGCACCCCAUGCUGACCCUAUAUCCUGGAAAGACAACUCGCCCAUAUGGGUGGAUCAGUGGCCACUAAGUUCAGAAAAACUAAAUGCUGCCAAUCAGUUAGUGCAGGAACAAUUGGCGGCAGGGCAUCUAGAGCCCAGUAACUCCCCCUGGAACAUACCUAUCUUUGUCAUAAAAAAGAAAUCUGGAAAUUGGAGACUUCUCCAAGACCUUAGGGAAGUCAAUAAAACAAUGAUAAUUAUGGGCGCCCUUCAACCAGGCCUACCUACCCCUGUAGCUAUUCCCUCGGGAUCCUUAAAAAUCAUUAUUGAUCUCAAAGACUGCUUCUUCACUAUCCCUCUACACCCUCAAGAUAGACAACGUUUUGCUUUCAGCAUACCUAUAACUAAUUUCCAAGGGCCCAUGCAGAGAUUUCAGUGGAAGGUCUUACCUCAGGGCAUAGCCAACAGCCCGACACUCUGUCAAAAAUUUGUUGCUCUGGCCAUCGAUCCCAUUCGAACUCAGUGGCCCUCUCUUUAUAUUAUUCAUUAUAUGGAUGAUAUCUUAAUAGCUGGCAAGAAUGGGUCUGUACUUCCUCUCCCCAAUAUAAACAAGAAAAACCUCAGCCUUGUCCCGCUGAAUAAGCAACCAGCCAUGCCUCGUGACUACCCAGGAUCCGACCAAACCCAGCUAGUGCUGCAUCUCCAGAAGCAUUCUCAAGACCAGGUCAACCAGCCCAGCCUGCACACCUAA